GUCCAUUUCGGUGCCCUGACUAAGCCAUGUGAUCUUCUCCAUCUACCUUUGAAAGGAGAGAGUAAAUGCUAAAUGCAACAACUGGCUGAUAGUGCAUUUGGCAGGUGAUUCGUCCAUUUAUCUGGAUCCUCUUCUCUAAUUGUAGGCACUCACAGAAGUCAACGUGGGCGUUGUAAACGCUACCGAUCGCCACAGAUUCAGAAGGUGCACUGAAAAAGAGCGCUAUAGAUAUGGCGAGGAAAGCAGUGUUGAUUGGAAUCAACUACCCCGGGACCAAAGCCGAACUCAGAGGCUGCGUCAAUGACGUCCGCAGCAUGCAUCGCUGCCUCGUCGAUCGUUACGGCUUCUCAGAGGAAGACAUCACCAUCCUCAUUGACACGGAUGAUUCCUAUCCGCAGCCCACCGGCCGCAACAUUCGCUCUGCCCUCACGGAUCUGGUCCGAUCCGCCCGCCGCGGUGAUUACCUUUUUGUUCACUAUAGUGGCCACGGUACCCGCCUCCCGGCCGAGACCGGCGAGGAAGACGACACUGGCUACGAUGAGUGUAUUGUCCCUAGUGAUUUCAACCUCAUCACCGAUGAUGAUUUUAGAGAGCUGGUGGACCGAUUGCCGGAAGGCUGCAGAAUAACAAUAGUAUCUGACUCAUGCCAUAGUGGUGGGCUUAUUGAUAAAGCCAAGGAGCAGAUUGGAGAGAGCACUCGGGAUAAUGCAGCUGAUGAUGAGGAGGGGGAGAAGGGUGAUGGAUCGUCUAGAUUUGGAUUCAAGAAGUUUUUGCGCAAGACUGUUGAAGAUGCAUUUGAGUCUCGUGGCAUUGAAAUCCCAUCUGGGUUGCAUCACCGUCAUCAAGACUCUGAAAGAACAAUAAUGGUUGUGGAUUCAGAAUAUGGAGAGGAUGAGCACCAUGUCAAGAGCAGGUCCUUGCCUCUAUCCACCCUUAUUGACAUUCUUAAACAAAAAACUGGCAAGGAUGACAUUGAUGUUGGUAAGAUCAGGCCAGCUCUUUUUGAUGUCUUUGGAGAAGAUUCCAGUCCUAAGGUGAAGAAGUUCGUGAAUGUCAUUCUUAAUAAACUGCAGCAUCAAGGUGAAGAAGGGGGUGGAGGCGGCGGCUUUAUGGGCAUGGUUAGUGGAUUGGCUGUUGAUUUCCUAAAGAAUAAGCUUGAGCAAAAUGAUGAUGGUGACAGUUAUUUGAAACCUGCUCUCGAGACAGAGGUGGGGAGUAAGCACGAGGUCUAUGCUGGAACGAGCCAAAGGGCUCUUCCCGACAAUGGCAUCCUCAUCAGCGGCUGCCAAACUGACCAGACCUCAGCUGAUGCUACUCCCUCAGGCAAUCCGGAUGAAUCUUAUGGUGCACUCAGCAAUGCAAUUCAGAGCAUUCUCAACCAAUCAGACGAACCGGUCUCAAACAAAGAGCUUGUUAUGAAGGCUAGGGAAAUAUUGAAAAAGAAAGGGUUCACUCAACGUCCUGGCCUGUACUGCUCUGACUCUCAUGUUGAAGCUUCUUUUGUGUGCUGAAAAGCGUGAGAGUGUAUAUGUAUUGUUUUCUAUAUCACCAUUAUCAUGAGCACACUUUAUAAUGCUUUGAUUUGUGUUAAUAACUAAGAAGCACCAGUAUCAAUAUCAUGUACUCUUGCUUGCUGUGUGUUUAGUGGGGCGACUAAUAAAAGCGUUGCCCAAAAUAUGUAUUGGCUCAUGCCUAUUCUUUGUAUAAUAAUAAUUGGAACAAAAACGAAUUGUGAUACAUUUAUGCCCUUAGGCUGUUUUGGUAUUUUACUAUUUUGUACUCCCUAAUUAAUGGUGUAAUUUGAUGAGCA